AUGAAGCAAGGAAAGUGCACGAAGCAUUUUCCGAAGAAAGUCAAUGAUCGAACAACUUUUGAUUCAGAUAGAUUUCCUAUUUAUAGGAGAAGGAACACAGGUACUCAACUCAAGAAAAAUGGCGCCAACUUAGACAAUAGAUAUGUUGUCCCUUACAAUAGGGAUUUGCUUGUCAAAUAUGAUGCACAUAUAAAUGUCGAAUUAUGCAAUUACUCAAGGUCUGUGAAGUACCUGUUCAAGUAUGUCCAUAAAGGGUCUGAUAGAGCAACUGCAACUAUAGAAUCUACCAAUACAACUGCAGAAAAUGAUGAGAUAAAUAAAUAUCUAGACUGCAGAUACAUAUCAGCUAUAGAAGCUUGCUGGAGGAUUUUUAAAUUUGAUAUACAUUAUAGAAAGCCGGCAGUUGAGCGUCUGCCUUUUCAUUUAGAGGGACAAAAUACAAUAAUAUUCGAAGAAGGAAAGCAAGCAGAAAGCGUGAUUAGCAGACCGGACAUAGAAAAGACAAAAUUCACAGAAUGGUUUGAGGCGAACAAAAGAUAUGACGAUGCACGAGAGCUAACAUAUUCGGACUUUCCUACGCAUUGGGUCUGGAAUGCAAAGGACAAAACUUGGAAUAGAAGGCAAAGUGGGAAGGCAGUUGGUAGAAUUUACUUCGCACAUGCUGCAAGUGGAGAACGUUUUUAUAUGGGAAUGCAGCUUAACUUUGUGAAAGGAAGCACUUCCUAUGAAAGCAUCGGAACAAUAAACGGAGUGGAGUAUAAAAAUUAUAGAGAUGCAUGCUAUGCGUUAGGAUUAUUAGAUGAUGAUAAAGAGUGGAAUGACUGCUUAGCCGAGGCUGCACUUUGGGCGACAGGAAAUGAGUUGAGACAUCUAAUUGUAACGAUACUUAUUCACUGUCAGGUAUCUGAUUCAAGCAAAUUUUGGAAGAACAACCGUGGAAUUUUAUCAGAAGAUAUAACAUCAUUACAGAGAAAGAGAUUUCAAUUGAAAAAUUUACAGUUAACUGAAAAACAAGUAGAAGCAUAUACAUUAUUUGAGAUUGAAACCAUCCUAUUAAAGAUGGGAAAAAGUUUGAAAGACAUAGAUGGAAUGCCGCUACCAGAUUCUGCGUUACUGCGAAAUGUGGGAAACCGUCUGCUCAAUGAGGAGCUAGACUAUGACAAAGAGGAGCUAAAAAUACUGCACGACAAAUCAUUCGCUCUCUUAAAUGAUUGCCAAAAGUUAGCUUAUGAUGCAAUAAUAACAUCAGUUGAGAAUGAACAAGGACGAUUAUUUUUUAUAAAUGGACAUGGUGGUACUGGCAAGACAUUUCUAUGGAAUACAAUAAUUUCCAACCUCAGAUCACAAUCAAAAAUAGUUCUUCCCGUUGCUACUUCUGGAAUUGCAGCUUUGUUAUGCCAAAUGGUAGGACCGCUCAUUCGUGCUUCCAUAUUGCUUUGGACGUUACUGUAG